CUCUAAACCUUGAAAAUGGCAGACGACGACAUUGCAGCCUUGGUGAUCGAUAAUGGUUCUGGUAUGUGCAAAGCUGGUUUUGCUGGAGACGAUGCUCCACGAGCAGUUUUCCCCUCCAUCGUUGGUAGACCUCGCCAUCAAGGCGUAAUGGUUGGUAUGGGUCAAAAAGACUCGUACGUUGGAGAUGAGGCCCAGAGCAAGAGAGGUAUUCUCACCCUGAAAUACCCCAUUGAACAUGGAAUCGUCACCAACUGGGAUGACAUGGAAAAGAUUUGGCAUCACACUUUCUACAACGAACUUCGUGUGGCACCAGAAGAGCAUCCAGUACUUCUUACCGAAGCACCAUUGAAUCCAAAAGGCAAUCGUGAAAAAAUGACACAGAUCAUGUUUGAGACCUUCAACAGCCCUGCUAUGUACGUAGCUAUCCAGGCUGUCUUGUCCCUGUAUGCCUCUGGUCGUACCACUGGUAUUGUCAUGGACUCUGGAGAUGGUGUCACUCACACUGUACCGAUCUAUGAGGGUUAUGCUCUUCCUCACGCUAUCCUCCGUCUUGACUUGGCUGGACGUGACUUGACUGACUACUUGAUGAAGAUCCUGACAGAACGUGGUUACUCUUUCACCACCACAGCUGAACGUGAAAUCGUACGUGACAUCAAGGAGAAGCUCUGCUAYGUUGCUCUUGACUUUGAACAAGAAAUGCAGACUGCAGCUUCCAGCUCAAGUCUUGAGAAGAGCUAUGAGCUUCCCGACGGACAAGUCAUCACCAUUGGCAACGAGAGAUUCCGAUGCCCAGAAGCAUUGUUCCAACCCUCCUCACUGGGAUUAGAAUCUAGUGGAAUACAUGAGACAACAUACAACUCCAUCAUGAAGUGUGAUGUCGAUAUCCGUAAGGAUCUGUAUGCUAACACUGUCUUGUCUGGUGGAACUACCAUGUACCCUGGUAUUGCUGAUCGCAUGCAGAAGGAAAUAGCUGCCCUAGCACCAUCGACUAUGAAGAUCAAGAUCAUCGCUCCACCAGAGAGGAAAUACUCUGUCUGGAUCGGAGGCUCCAUCCUCGCUUCUCUGUCCACCUUCCAACAGAUGUGGAUCUCCAAGCAAGAAUAUGAUGAAUCUGGCCCAGCCAUUGUCCACAGAAAAUGCUUUUAAGAUGGCUCGAGUACAGCAUCCCCGAGUGACUGCCAAUCAGGUUCAAUUGCAUCUUAAUGGCAAUGUAACUGAUUUUAAGUCCAGAUUGCACCUUGCAUGUAUCAUGUUUAUAAAUCCUGUAAAUGUUUUAGUUAGAGAACGAGUCUUUCAUCUUUUUGCUGUCAUUAUUGUCAGUAUACUACCCUCCUAAAAAUGUUUUGUAGUUGGUAAUAAAAUGGGUUAUACAACCUAUGCA